CCAAACCAGAAAAAAGGAACCCAAACUUCAACCAAACCUUCACCUUCUCCCAAGACCUCUCUAUUUUCCUCCCCUUUCCCAGCAGCCAAACAUCAAUGGAGCCCCAGAAAGACCUCCAAGAAUUCAUUUUCCGUUCGAAGCUCCCUGACAUUUACAUCCCGAACCACCUCCCACUCCACACCUAUUGCUUCGAAAACCUCUCCCAAUUCAAAGACCGUCCCUGCCUCAUCAAUGGUGCCAACGGCGUCACAUACACUUACUCAGAGGUCGAGCUCACCUCGCGCAAGGUAGCCUCCGGCCUCGACAAGGUCGGCAUCAAACAAGGGGAGGUGAUCAUGCUUUUGCUCCAAAACUGUCCCGAAUUCGCGUUCGCCUUCCUCGGCGCGUUGUACAUCGGCGCAGUCAGCACGACGGCAAACCCUUUUUUCACACCGGCCGAGGUAGCGAAGCAAGCGAAGGCAUCGAACGCCAAACUCAUAAUUACUCAAGCUUUGUAUGUUGACAAAGUGAAAGACUUCGCAAAAGAAAACGGCGUGAAGGUCAUGUGCAUUGACUCUCAGCUGGACGACUUUUUGCAUUUCUCCCAGUUAACUCAGGCCGACGAGAACGAUAUCCCGGCCGUGAAAAUCAAUCCGGACGACGUCGUGGCGCUACCUUAUUCUUCGGGGACGACCGGACUCCCGAAAGGAGUCAUGUUAACACACGGGGGGUUGGUUACCAGUGUGGCACAACAGGUUGACGGUGAAAACCCAAACUUGUACUUUCACAGCGGGGAUGUGAUACUGUGCGUUUUGCCGUUGUUCCAUAUCUAUUCCCUGAAUUCGGUUUUUCUCUGCGGUUUGCGGGUCGGGGCGGCGAUUCUGAUUAUGCAGAAGUUUGAGAUUGUGAAAUUGCUGGAGCUGGUUCAGCAAUACAAGGUGACAAUCGCGCCGUUUGUUCCUCCGAUAGUUUUGGCCAUCGCCAAGAGCCCGGACGCCCAAUGGUACGACGUGUCGUCGAUCCGAAUGGUGAUGUCAGGAGCAGCGCCGAUGGGGAAAGAGCUAGAGGAUGAUGUUAGAGCCAAGCUUCCUAAUGCCAAACUUGGACAGGGUUAUGGGAUGACUGAAGCUGGAUCAGUGCUGACAAUGUGCUUGGCAUUUGCGAAGGAACCCUUCGAGAUAAAAUCAGGUGCAUGUGGGACCGUCGUAAGAAACGCUGAGAUGAAGAUCGUUGACCCCGAGACCGGCGCUUCGCUUCCACGAAAUCAAGCGGGAGAGAUCUACAUCAGAGGUAGCCAAAUCAUGAAAGGUUAUCUGAAUGACCCAGAGGCUACAGAGAGGACCAUAGACAAAGAUGGAUGGUUGCAGACCGGUGAUAUUGGGUACAUCGACGGCGACGAUGAGCUCUUCAUUGUUGACCGAAUAAAGGAACUGAUCAAGUACAAAGGCUUCCAAGUGGCCCCCGCUGAGCUUGAAGCGAUGUUGAUUGCCCAUCCCAACAUCGCUGAUGCCGCCGUUGUUCCCAUGAAAGACGAGGCUGCAGGGGAGGUUCCUGUCGCUUUUGUAGUGAAAUCAAAUGGUUCCAAAAUCAGUGAGGACGACAUCAAGCAAUAUAUCUCAAGACAGGUUGUGUUCUACAAAAGAGUCAAGCGGGUUUUCUUCACGGACGCAAUUCCUAAAGCUCCAUCAGGCAAAAUCUUAAGGAAAGACCUAAGAGCCAUACUCGCAGCAGGAGGUCUACCAGAUUAGGCCUCGCGUCACGUGCGUAACAGAUUUACGAGGAUUUUCUUUCAUGAAAACCUUUUCAUGCCUUUGUAUUAUAUUUGCUGCUCUGUACGUGGAACUGCCUUAACGGUCCAACAGUACUGAGAGAUGAAUGCCACGCUUUGUACUACUAA